AUGGCGAUUAUUUUGUGGACCGUCGUUUUCGCUGCUUUGGGUGUUGCGAGUGCGAAGGCGAACUGGAAGUCGCUCAACUCGACGUUGAACGGCGCACUCGUUCGUGCGUUCCCCGUGGCCACACCGUGCCAUGUACCUAUCAACCAAGACGCGUGCGAUAUUGCCAGGAAGAACUGGACAAACCAAUUUUGGCGUGCACAGCAGCCUGGUGGUUACUUUGACCUCAAUUGGGAGAAUGGAGAUAACCUCUGCGAUAUCAACGGCAAUGCGAGCCUGCCUUGUACUCAGGGGUUGGUCCCGUAUUAUGUCGCCCAAGUCAACAACGUCGAUGACGUAAAGAAAGCAGUCAAGUUUGCGCAUGAUCACAAGAUUAGCACCAGGGUCAAAGGCGCAUCCCACGAUUUCUUAGGAAGGUCCUCUGGAAAUGGAACGUUUGGCAUCUCGACCAUAAAGCUCAAGGGAAUCGACUUUGUCGAUAGCUACACACUUGCUGGUGCCCCUCCUGGAGCCUCUCCUGUAUCGGUCGUGCACGUGGCUGCUGGAGAGCAUUGGAUAUAUGUGAAUCGAGCUGCAGACGCACAUGGCGUUAUCGUCGUUGGGGGUGCUAGCUAUUCUGUGGGCGCUGCUGGUGGAUGGGUUCUGGGGGGCGGACAUUCAAAUCUUAGUCCUCAAUACGGUCUAGGCGUCGAUAACGUUGUACAAUUCGAGAUUGUAACACCCGACGGCCGACUUCGCGUCGCGAAUAGAUACCAGGAGAAGGACCUCUUUUGGGCUUUGCGAGGUGGCGGACCUGGCUUUGGAGUGGUCACCAAAGUAACAUAUAGAACGCAUCCUGCUAUCAAGGCAAUUACGGCCAUGCUUUUCAAUGCCACCUACACGAACGCGUCAUUCACCAGCUUCUUACGUGAAUAUUUGGCUCUCCAACCGACUCUUUCUGCGCACAACGUUUCCGGUUACAGCUAUCCUACAGCAAAUGGCAUCGUGGCUCAGCUUCUUGUCCACAAUUCCGCCAACCUUACUGCACUCAACUCGACGCUCAAACCCAUGUUCGACCUUGCGCAGUCGGAGACAAGUAAUGGACGCCCCGCCAAGGUUGAGACACUGGGUGGGGUGCUCCCCAGCUAUCUAAGCCUGUUCAACGAUGAUCCAGCUACGGUCAACGAGCGCGCUGCUGGAUAUGCAAUUCUUGGAAGUCGUCUGGCACCGGCAAGCGCCUUCCAAGGCGACAAAGUCCAGAAACUCGCAGAUUUCAUGGUCAAGAGUCCAUUCACCGUGAUCAUGCACUUGGUUGCCGGAAACAAAGUCAGCCAAGUUGCCGGCGAUGCGACCGCGAUACAUCCAUCAUGGCGCAAGGCGAUUCAUCAUCUUGUUCUAGCUGGGGGAUGGGACAAUAGCCAGCCUCUUCCCACAAGAAAUCUUAUCAGAAGCGCGUUGACGAGCGCGACUCAGGAAUUUGCAAAGUUCUUCCCUGGAUUUGGAAGCUACGUCAAUGAGGGAGACAUUAAUGAGCCCAAGUGGCAGGAAACGUUUUGGGGGAGCAAUUAUCCCCGUCUCAAGUCGAUCAAGAACAGAUAUGACCCACGGGGCAUCUUUACCUGUUUCCAUUGUGUCGGAUAUGAGGAUUAA